UGUUUUGUUUUUUACUCAACCUGGGCUGUGCUCUUAACCCUCCUGUUACCUUUCGGGUCAAUUUGACCCCAUUCAAUGUUUAAUGUCGGUGUUCUUUGGGGUCAAUUUGACCCCAGGCUGUUUUUCACUGUCAAACAUAAGAAAUAUCAACUUCUUUAUAUAUUUAAAUGGCUAUUUAGGUCAGGGGUUCCCAAACUUUUUAGACCACGCACCCCCUUCUACAUCCCGACCGGGUUCACGCACCCCCAAUGCCCCACACCGUAAAAAAAAAACGCAGACCGGCGUCGGAGCUCGGCGGCGACCACGAUCGACGUAUUGAGCACCCCUGCAUUCAAACAUUAAAUAGCCGAGAGUUUUUUUCAGCAUAAGAAAUACGAUGUGUGGCGGGAGUGCGUGAGUUAAGACCGAAAUGACACUUGAGAGCCCUGAGAAUGUUUAAUAUUAAUUAUUACACCAUUACAUUUUUCCUCUCGCGCACCCCCUAGAGGCAGCUCGCGCACCCCCAGGGGUGCGCGCACCACACUUUGGGAAUCCCUGAUUUAGGUAGUCAACAAACAAACAUAAAGUACCUCACACUUAAACUUGGGAAGCAAUAUUAAUUCUAAUAAUUUUCUGGAGGUUUUAAUUGCUGGGGUCAAAUUGCCCCCGAGGGUAAAAUAUGUGAGUAAAUGUGAAGGUAACAGGAGGGUUAAGUCAGCAUGCUUUUUAAUUUUUUAAAUCCCAAUCAAAUAUAUUGUCAUUUUAAGCUCGGAUGUAAACUGUUUUUCCCCCCCGGUUUUUUGACGAUACAUUUUAUUUAAAACUUAGUUCGAACCGAAGCUAAGCAAACAAACACGUGCCAUUCUCUCGUCUCUAAUUAAGAGGCAGUUCCACAACACUUCUUCCCCCAUAAGCAAAAUUAGCAUCUGUUUUUUCUUUUUCUUCUUCUAGCUUUCACUUGCUCAAUAAUGAUUGAUGGCAUCAAAACAUUUCUAUUAGAGGAAACGCGGCCGGCCAAGAGGAGGUUCGGAGCCAAGACUCUGGGGGAGUUUGGAGAACAGUCUGCGCUCGAUUUUCCUGGCCGGGCAGCGUCCCCGGUGACACCUCGGUCCAACCCUGGCUCAAAACACGCUUAACCCAUCUUCACCGGCCAGAAAUAUGUGUCCUCGUUUUUUAUUAGAUCCCGCCCCCCUAGAUAGAAAAAGUCUUUAAAUGUCCUAUUCCAUCACCUCCCUCUUGUUUCCCUGCAGAUCUCCCCCGCUGUCACAGGAGUCAUGGACGAGCAGGCAGGCUCUCCGGCAACCAACGCCGACAACAACAGCCAGAGAAAUGGAGAUGAGAAGCCCCGGCGUGGCAGCUGGACCAAGGGGAGGAAGAGGAAGAAGCCGAUGAAGGACUGCAACGCACCCAAAGCCCCCCUGACGGGCUACGUCCGCUUCAUGAACGACCGGCGGGAGCAGCUGCGGGCGGAGCGUCCAGACGUGCCCUUCCCAGAGAUCACCAGGAUGCUGGGCAACGAGUGGAGCAAGCUGCCCCCCGAGGACAAGCAGCGGUUCUUGGAGGAGGCGGAGCGAGACAAGGAGCGCUACAUGCGCGAGCUGGAGAAGUACCAGAAGACGGAGGCCUACAAGCAUUUCAUCCGCAAGGUCCAGGAGAAGCAGAUGGGCAAGCGGCACCGGGGAGAUGUCGGGCACCAGGUCGCCAGCGAGGCGCUCCACGAGAAGGACGCGGAAGGGAAGGACCGCACCGUGUUCGACAUUCCCAUCUUCACGGAGGAGUUCCUCAACCACAGCAAAGCGCGGGAAGCGGAGAUGCGUCAGCUGCGUAAGACCAACAUGGAGUACGAGGAGCGCAACGCGGCGCUGCAGAAGCACGUGGAGAGCAUGCGGGGCGCCGUGGAGCGGCUGGAGGGCGACGUGCUGCAGGAGAGGGGGCGCAACGGGCUGCUGCACCAGCACCUGGACACGCUGAGGCAGGCGCUGACCGCCAGCUUCAACAGCACGCCGCUGCCAGCCAGUGGAGAGACGCCCACGCUCGACAGCAUCGACUCCUACAUGAAGAAGCUCCACAGCGUCAUCGUCAGCUGCCCCCAGGAAAACGAGCAUCUCAUCAACACUGUGAGGGACGUGGUCAACCGCUUGGACAGAUAAUCGGACCGAGUCCCGCCGAUUUGACGGAUCGAGUCCCGGCGCCGUUCGCCUCCUCGACGGGGAAUCUUCCCGUCGGCUCCGUCGUCCCAAAUUGAUUUUAAAAAAAAUCUUUUAUUACUCCUGCGAAGGUGACGUAGCGUCUCAUAUUUAUUUAUUAUUGUUUUACACACCUCUGUUCUGACUUAAACAUAGCUGUAGUUUGUUUUUUGUAAAAUACUCCGGUGGUCGGACAUGACAGAGUUGGACGUCUCUCGUUGCCCCUGUUCUGUCUUCACUGUCCACUUCUCGCUAAAUGCUUCCGCAGCGGUCUCUAAAGCGUCAUCCAAGAUGUUUUCCAAGAAUACCGUUGAGCAGACUUUCCUUUUUUUCCCAGAAUCUGUCGAAGAGAAACACGUGCCAUUUAUUUGUUUUUUGUUGUUUUUGUUCCUGUGUGGAAAAGUGUUUGUGUUUUCAAUAAACGUAUUUACAUUUG